CUUCUCUACUUGUCUGCAUUCGCAACAACAACACCAAAAAUUCUACACAUUUUCCGAUCCCGGGUGCAUCUAUUCAGACACGUGGAUGCAUGCAUACAAUCAACCGACACUGUAGCGAUGGAGGUUGACGCCCAGGUGAGUCAAUCCUCCAGCUACUCUUUCUGCACCUCAAAAGCCUUUACUCACGUGUGUCUCAGGCGGCUGAGUUGAAAAUCGACAGAGCGCUCACUAAAGAAGAUGCCAUCAAUAAUGCCAUUCGCGCAGCUGAAUUGUACAUGAAAGCCACCAGGCUCGCAAGUAAAGACAACGAUAAAGCAAGACUUCGCAGCAAGUGCCAGCAAAUUCUCUCAAGAGCUGAGGAGAUCAAGAAAGCCACAGAAUGGACACCGACUACGUCCACAUCAUUCCUGCUCAAGGCGCCCGUUUCUACACGAGAGCUAUCAAAGCGUGAAGAGAUCAUAUUGCUUGAAGGCUCAAAGCUUCAUGGCUUUAUUUUCCCACCAUGGAAGUCAGAACCUGACGAAGGUGUAUUCAAAGAGCCUUUCAACGGAAAGCCCAUAUACACGUAGAGUCUCCCCACACCUGCCCUCUUGUAGCCAGACUAGGUUCUGAUCUCUACAGUGAUCCAGUAGAUCUAAAGCUUUCCGAGUGCCAAGAAGAUAUAUUUGGUGGUUGGCAGAGACCAGAAGAAUACCUUCAUAAGCCUCAAGAUGGCCAAUCUUUUGAUACUGCAAUUGACGAGACUCUAAUGGGCUCUGUUGAAAAGAUUGACCUGGUACAAGACAUCACCACGGACUGCUCUGUCGUUGCAAGUCUUUGUGCUGGAACAUCUAGGGCUCUGAAAGGCCAUGGGCAGGUGUGUUUCUCUGCUCUGUCUUGAAAUCAGUUCGUAAGUUCAUUCUGCUAAGUUUUGCAUAGUUACUUUCUUCAAUGAUUUACCCCUAUGACAAAUUAAAGGAGCGUCCCAGAAUUUCUGAAAAUGGGAAAUACAUCUUUAGGCUGAACUUCAAUGGCUGCUCAAGAAGAGUUACGAUUGACGAUCGCCUUCCAUCUUCAACUACAGAUCGCUGCUUACAUGUAACUGAUCGGAAUAACCCUCAUCUAUUGUGGCCCGCAUUGCUAGAAAAGGCAUAUCUCAAAGUGCGAGGCGGAUACGAUUUUCCUGGCUCCAACUCUGGCACAGAUCUAUGGGUAUUAACAGGGUGGAUCCCAGAACAAAUAUUCCUCAAGAGGUGGGUCAAACGCUCGCUGAUAUAAUCACUUUCUGAUGCUUCAUCUUAGCGACGAUUUAGAGCCCGAAACUCUCUGGAACCGCCUUCUCAACUCUUUCCACUUUGGAGACGUUUUGUUAACCCUAGGUACAGGCAAGUUGAGUCGUAAAGAGGAAAGAGAACUGGGUUUGGCUGGUCAACACGAUUAUGCCAUACUUGAUUUGAAAGAAGUCGGUGGGCAACGAUUGCUGCUCGUAAAGAAUCCUUGGUGUGACGGCAUGGUCUGGAAAGGAAAGCUUUACGUUCCCGACACCAAGUCAUCACAACAAGGCUGGACUCAAGAUUUGGAAAAUGCGCUCCCUCAGACUGCAACUUCGCCAGGUACAUUUUGGAUGAGUUUGGAUGAUGUUGUGCAACAUUUUGAGUCCCUCUAUCUCAAUUGGAAUCCCGGGUUAUUCAAAUACAGGCAAGACCACCACUUCUCUUGGGUAAUUCCAUCCACGGUAAACCCUGGCUCCUUCAUCCACAAUCCUCAAUACUCUAUCAAACCCUCCAAAAAAGGAAAAAUUUGGUUGAUGCUCAGCCGGCAUUUCGCCACCUCAGAACACGAUAUAGCUCUAAAGUCCACGCCAGUUUCUGGGACGUCUAAUACUUUGGGCUUUACCAGCAUUUAUGUCUUUUCGGGAACAAAUGGUAAACGUGUUUAUUUAUCAGACGAUGCGCUUCAUCGUGGCGCCUUCGUUGAUUCUCCUCAAACACUCGCAAGGCUUGAGGUUGACCCAUCCGUAACUUACACAUUUGUAUGCGCACAACAUGGCCUACCACUUCCAAAGUACUCCUUCACGCUAUCAUGCUUCUCUAGGAGCCCAGUCGAAAUCUCCUCAGCUGUCGAUAGUCUUCCUCAUUUCACCUCCCACGCUGGUGCCUGGACAUCACGCACCGCAGGCGGGAAUGCCAGUGCUGCAACCUACCCCUUGAACCCACAAUUUAGCAUUGCUGUCCCAAAACCUACGCCUCUUACUCUCACUCUCGACACCAACGAUCCUGAACUCGCCGUUCACGUCAAAAUAGUCUACUCUUCAGGCUCUCGCGUAACCUCGAUUACAGGAAAGGAUAUCCUAGUUUCUUCGGGAGACUACCGUCGAGGAUGUGCUCUCGCAUCCCUCCCCUUGGCCGAGAAAGGAAAAUAUACUAUUGUAUGCUCAACCUUUGAAGCGGGACAGACGGGAGCUUUUACCCUCCGCGUUGGUUCCAGCAUACCGUGUACCGUCCUCCCGAUUCCCGCCGAAACAGCAGGUCGUCUCUCCACACGUCUGCCCAUCCUAACAUUCCAAAAUAAUACGGAUCGUCUCCUCGCCCCCCUCACCGUCAAUCGUCUUACAAAGAUCCUUCUUGUCGCGCGGUCACUUGCCCCUUCCUACUCUCAUAAAUCUACGCCUUCGCGUCCCCUGCUCAAGAUCUCCUUUGAGCGUGGGCAGGGACCAAACAAAAGCGUGCUGGAUGUGAGCAAUAAAGAUGAUUUUAGUGAUGCGCCGAUGGGUAUACGAAGUUGUGAUAUGGAUGUCAGUCCCGAGAUGUGCGAUAGUGAUCGUGGGGGCUUGUGGAUUGUGGUUGAGAGAUUAGGUGGGAGAAGUGGGGUUGAUGAGGUCGAGGUCGAGGUUUUAAGUGAUGGGGCCGUUGGAGUGGGGCUUUGGGGGGUGGGAGAUGGAUGA